AUGACAACCAAGCCUUAUCACAUGGAGACGACAGACCAGAAUCCCGAACCAGCCUCAGUUGCUGCUAGUAUUAGUGAUAAAACGGCCAAGCGAGCUAUAGACCUGAUCCAGAUUCGUCUUGGUAGCAUUGAGUCUGCUCUACGUGAUCUCACCCCAAACCGUCUCACGCCAAAUAACGUUCCAUGCUUCCUCCACACUCCUCAGCAUAUCUCUGGAUGUGGCACAGCUGCUGCAUCCACCACGGGCUAUAGCAGCUCAGACGAUGAGUCUGCAGUCGAGGGAGACUCCGUCCUUGCGGAACAAACCAACUAUGCCAGCGAGAUUUUAAAGGAUGCAGUUGACCGUGCUUCACUACAAGAUGUCAACCCCAAGAUAAGCGAAGCGCUCGAGAGCCUACGACGACUAGCGCAGCUUCAGUCGCUUCAGUCAAUCAGCCACGGUCCCCGCUUCCCUCAUCAGCAACGGUUGCCACCAGGCGGCCUCAGCCAGUUACAAAUGCCUCCUGUGGAUACUGUUAUAUCUCUGCUUAAGCAUGUGAAAGCCUCUCCGCCUGGCGUUUUCACUUUCAUGUGUCAUUUUGUGGGCAUUCAUGACUUUGAUGCCUUAUGCAGUGUAGCAUAUUUCCCCUCCCACCACCUCACGGAUUCGACAUUUAUUAUUGUCAAUGCAGGGCUCUAUUACUUGUUUCUUGAGCAGCAUACCUCGGCCUCGGACAAGGCAAGCAAGGACGAAUUCGAACCUUUCAUCCAUCUUUGUCGAAUCAACCUCGAGACAGCCCUCGCAAACGUGUCACUCUUCAUGUCAGCCAGGCUUGAAACAAUACAAGCUCUCUUUCUAGGGUCUCUGUAUGCUAUUGACGUUUCUAGGCCUUCGGUUGCUUGGCUUCUUAAUAGCGCAGCCGCACAGAUGUGCCAAACGGCAGGUUUCCAUCGGACUGAGCACCAGCUACGUGAUCCGUUGGGAUCUAGUACUAAGGCGGCUCCGUUUUGGCAUAUCUAUACCCUAGAUAAGACCCUAGGGCUUCGGCUUGGGCGCGCUUCGGUGAUCCAGGAUUGGGAUAUCAGCAUCCUUCCUAUCUUUAGCUCACAGGGCUUGCUAGGUGCCACAACAGCAGAUGUGGAGAGGGCGUGGGUUCAAACCGCGAAACUGCAAGGCCGAGUGUACCAAGAGCUAUACAGCCCAGCAGCUUUACAACGCCCACAUGAUGAACUAAUCCAGACCGCUCUGCUGUUAGCAGGAGAAUGCCGUCAACUGGCGACUGAGGCUACACAGACUCGAGCAAAAGCCCUCGCUUCCCUGGAGAAGCUGGGAGUAUCGCCCCUAGUCGACAUCCACAUCAAAAGUGAUGAACUUCAACUGCUAUCAACCAUGACAUUGAUAUAUCGAGCAGUUCCCGCUCCUGAAGGAUCACCAAGCCGAUUCUGCGAUGAAUGCCUUGGCACUGCUCGACGAGCGAUGGAAAUGCAUUUAGCUUGUGUGGAGCUUAUCAAGCACGAUGCAUACGCCAAAGCAACAUAUUUUCACUGGAGUCUGGUCCUCACACCAUUCUCCUCAUUCUAUGUCCUAUUCUGCCACAUAAUUGAGUCGCUGUCAGCAGACGAUCUGAAACUCCUACACGACUUCAGCAUUUCUAUCCAAUUAGCAGAUAACUCUUCGCAAGCAAUGCAGAGGCUCUGGCGGUUAUGUCUUUUGAUGAGCAAUAUCGCAUCGUUAUAUGUGGAGGCUAAACUUCAGCAACAAGAUCAGGACAUGGGGUCCAUAGGGGAUGAAAUAGAUCUCUACUUGACGCAACUUGGGCUCAAACAGGAGGAGCUAUCGAUGACAACCACUUUUGCCGAGGGAAGCAUGCCAUUCCCUAAAAGUUCCCAAGUUAACCAAAUGCAAGAUUGGGCCAUUGGGGACCGCAACAUGCUUGGACUGUUGGAGCAUGAUAUACCGCAGAUUUCAGGAAACGAGUGGCCAUGGAGGGGGCAAAUGUAA